CAGGUGUUUGGGAAAGUGCUGAACGGCGCUCACUUUCUGACUUUCGCUCAUCCUCCUCCAUUUUUGAACGAGCCGCAGACCGUGCGGGGAAUCAUGGGUAACUUAUCAGCGUGAAGUCACCGACGAAAAGAUUCAAGCAUAUGAAUUUACUGGAAGCGUGAAGAAAACAAACAUGACGGUGCUACGGAAGAGCUGAUGCUACAGUUGACCCGUGGACUUUAUCAGCACUCUGGACAUUUCUGUUGUCACUGGAAAUGGAGUUUCCAGGACAUAGUCAGCAGCUCUUGGCAAGCCUGUGCUCUCAGCGUCUACAAGGUUUCCUGUGUGACUGCACUGUGCAGGUCGGCCCAACUCGUUUCGGAGCCCACCGGGCCGUGUUGGCUUCUUUCUCCCCUUUCUUCCAUAUGUUUUACUCCGAUCAGUCAAUGGGGAAUACCAGCACUAUCAACGGAGGGCCACAAAGAGACACAGUCACUAUCAACGGAGAUAUCGUGACUCCACAAGCCUUUGGGCUCCUCCUUGACUUUAUGUACGAAGGGGUUCUGCGAUUAGCGGCCCACCCCCCUCCAGAGGAUGUGCUUGCCGCAGCCAGCUUCCUACAUAUGAAUGACGUGGUGCGAGUCUGUAAAAGAAGACUGCAGGGUCGAGGACUGGCUGAGGCAGAUAGCACAAGAGUAGAAGUUGGAGCGAACGAGUCGGCUAAACCUGGAGAACUUGAGGGUUUGAGUGGAGAAGUGGUACCUGGUGCAAAUACAGAAAGAGACGGAGCAGUAAGACAUUGUCCACAGUCAAGUCAACAAAUUUCACUUUAUAUUGAUACCAAGACUGAAACACAGGCAGGGAUGGCUGUUGUCCUCGCACACAGUGCGGAGAGUUCAGAAAUGGCGGACACGACACAGCCAGGAAUGGACUCACAACCUGCCAUUAGUAAUUCUUAUUCAGGUCCAUCCACAUAUCGUUCUUCACCUAGACCUGAAAAAACAAGAAUAUCGGUACGCUCUGCUAGCCUCGAGUCGGCACUUUCAAGUCCAUGUAGUACGACAGAACUAAUUCAGACAGAGACGCAUCCUGUGGUAGCCACAGCUGUGGCUCUGAGCAGCGUGGACAACGCUAGUGCUCCUCAAGAACAUGACCCGAGCGUUUUUAUGCAGGCCCAAACACUAAAACCCCAAUUCCAGAAUAAAAGUGUAGGAAAUCCAGGGUCUUCACAACACAUUCAGAUCCAGAAUGAAAGGAGACAUGAGAACACUUUACCCAAUGCAAGAAACAUGCAAAAUAAGCGUAAAAAAAAUCAGUCGCAAACAUCAAGGAAAGAAAACGAAGAUCGCUUUAAAGUGAAAUUGGAGGCCAUUGUGAUUUCUGAUGAAGAGUCUGAUGAUGUAGAUGAGACAAUGGUAGAUGAGGUGAUGGAGGAUGGCCCAAGUAGAAAUGCAGAUUUAGAUCAUGAGGAUGAUUUUGAUGACAGUAAUCAUGAUGUCGAGGAGCUGACUGAAACGCAAUUUAUUCCUGCACAUCCAUUAAUUCAUCUUCCACAUCAAGAGCCCCUUUCUUUCCCUUCCUCGCCACAAGGUCCUAAUCCUUCUACAACAGAAACCACCAACUUUCCAUCAUCUCUUUUUCCAGCCAAUUCCCAGCCAGAGCAGCAGGCCAUGUACCUUGAGGAUUUUCAGGACUCGCUUGGGAGUUACGUGGAGGACGUGCCUACAUGUAACACUUGCGGAAAGACUUUUUCCUGCGCUUACACCCUGAGGAGACACGCCAUUGUACACACUAGGGAGAGACCUUACGAGUGCAGCUACUGUUACCGCAGUUACACGCAGUCUGGAGAUUUAUACAGGCACAUCAGAAAAGCACAUGAUCAGGGCUUACCAGUCAAGCGCAGCAGAGUCGACUCAGACCCACCACCGUCACCACCCCCUCCUCCUCAUCCUCCCCAAACGUAGCCAUCAUUUGUGGCUCGAUCUUUUUGACAGGUCCUUCAGAAACUUGUAUGAAGUACCACUGAAGGCUUUUGGAAAAAAUAUCACGAAUUGCCACAUCUAUACUUCUGUGGCUCAUGCCUCAAAAAUGGCAAAUGCUUUGAAAGGGAAGCAUGACAUGCGUGUCUGCCGCCAUGCCAUUUACAAACACGAUCGAUGUAAUUGAGAAAACAUUUUCUUGGUGGUACUUCAAUAUUGUUGAGAUUUGUACUGUUGCACAACCUGGUUUUAAAAUUCAUUGCUAAAGUGUAUUGUUUUUAUAUGAAGAUCGACAGUGUAGGUAAAUUUGAAUCGAGUGAAAACGGUUCCAGCACACAGGCCUUGUAUACUGAAUCAGCCUUUUAAUAGGUAAUCACCAUUCAUGGUGGUGUUUUGCAGUUUAAAAUGUCAUGUUUAUGUCUGUUAUGGAAUAUUGUAGCUGUUAUACCAAGCAGUGAACAUUGAGAUCUAUUAGAGCAGUGGUUUUCAAUCCUGUUCCUGGGGACCCACUGCUCUGCAUGUUCUGCAUGUCUCUUAUCUGACGCAGUCAUUUAAGUUCAUGGAGCUCGUUCCUGAUGAGCUGAUGAUCUGAAUGGGGGGUGUAAAUUAGGGAGACAUGCAAAGUGUGCAGAGCUGUGGGUCCCCAGGAACAAGUUUGAAAACCGCUGCAUUAGAGCAGAUAAAUGACGGUGUUUUGUGCAUUUUCGUGAGUGUGAAAGAUUGUAAGACUUUAAAAUAGGUGCUAUGAAUUACAAUCAGCUUUCAGUGCUUUUUGAAAAUGGUCCGUUUAUUUGUUGUAAAAUGUUUAGAGACACACUACCUUCCAAAAGUUUGGGGUCAGUAAGAAUUCUUGUUUUAUUAAAUUGAUAUUUUUAUUCAGCGAGGGCACAAUAAAACUGAUCAAAAGUCACAGUGAAGACAUUUAUAAUCUUACAGAUUUCUGUCAAAUAAAUCCUUUCUACUCAAAGAAUUCUGAGCAAUAUAUCAUUGUUUUCGUAAUAUUAGAGGGCUCAGCUGUUUUACAUUUUUUAAUGGUAGUUUCAUGAACAAAUCAGCAUAUUACAUAUAUUUUUACCUUGCUGAUAUUAAAAUAAUUUUUGAAAAAUCAAACUGAAAGCUGAGGUGACAAUGUCUGCUGCAAAUUUAGCUUCGAAUCACAUAAAUAAUUAGACAAUGUAAAAUAACUCUUUUUGAAUAUUUUAACAUUUAAAUAAUUCACAAAUCUUGUUUUACUGUAUUUUUGAUCAAAUAAAUGUCCUAACCCCAAAUGUUUGAAAGGUAAUGUACAUCAGAUCAAUACCUACUAGUUACUGUUAAAUGAUGGCCAAAUAUUAAAUAAAUUAAAAAUCCUGCACAAAGGACAAUGAUAAAACAAGACUUUUAAUAGUAAUGUUGCAUUGUGAUAUUCUUCAACAUAUGUUUGGUAAAAAUGGUGGUUCAUACCACAACACAGUAAGUUACAUAUUCUGGCUUCCAACAAUGAUUCAUUUUCACAUUUGUUUAACUGUAACAGUGUACUUGAGAAGCAGAUCUCCACAAUAAAACAAUGUCCGUUAUCAGUCA